UUCAAACUUUCUCUGGAGAAUCUGUUUUUGAUAAAGGUCUGGUUUGAGGAAAUAAUAAUAAGCUGCAAAAUGUGGUCUCCUGCUUUGUAUGUUUCUAUUAUGAUAUAACUACUUUGGAUUUAGAUAUUUAUUUGAUGUAAUUGGACAAUGUUGUUGUUUUCCUUUCAAAAAAUCUUUCUUGUAUUAGUUAUUUUUCACAGCUUGUUUUUCAUUAUUAAAUGUGUUUCUUCGUUUCCCCUUUGGAAAGUUUUUUUUUUCUUUUUAAAUAUCCUCAAAACUAAAACGUGCAUUAAAACCCAAAGAACUGGUUUUUGCUUUCAAGCUAGUUCUGUCUUCGGAGGCUAAAGAGGAUUUCUUUUGUGGCAAUGAAACUACAUCUCCACCCCAACGUGCAGUUUUUAAGAAUUUCCUUUUGUCGCUGUUGCUGUGUGCCAUGGAGAAGAGGCGAAAUGAAAGCGCUCCUGUUUGGGUAUUUGUGUCUCUAUUUGUGUGAGUGGCCCCAGAAAAGGGGAAAAGGGUGAUGGAAGUUUGUGCCAGAUAACUGGGACUAAAAAAAAAAAAGCCCUCACAAUGGCUGAAUAGGAUCUGUACUUUGUAGUGGGAAACCCACUUUGAAAGCUGGGAAAUGACUUGCAAGAAGCAAAGCUCUACGUUUACUCUGAGAAUCUGAGGUAAAAUUGUUCUUCAUUCUAAUAACGGCGGAUAUUUUCUGAAUAUCAUUUUCCAGAAAUCUUGUGCUUUACACUUUUGAUAGCUGUAGUGUUUUGAAAUCUGACCUCUGAUAUAUUUUUCCUACGUCAAUUAAUCUUUGAGUUGUAUUUGCCUAAAUUUGUAACUGGUUCUUUGGGAAAAGUAGCGUUAUAGGUUGGAGUGAUAUGUUUAAUUGGCUUAAAAUCUUAGUUCCAGCUGCUUAAAACCUGAUUUAAUGAAACUGACCAUAGUAAGAGUUUAGACUGCUUUAUUCAAAGUCUGCGUGUUGUCAGGUUUUAUCACAAAUAUCUCAGCAGAAUGAAGGACCUGAAGAGAGCCGUCCAGUUCAUCCUCAGCAGAGAAGUGAGGCUCUAUCAAAACACUGCGAGGAGCAAAGAUUUCCACUUCAACGUUCAUCCGUCUGUGUCUCAGGCUGUGGCACAAAACAAGCCUGUGGUCGCACUAGAGAGUACAAUUAUCACCCACGGCAUGCCCUACCCACACAACCUGAGCACUGCAAAGGAGGUUGAGGCCAUUGUGCGAGCCGAAGGAGCCACUCCUGCCACGAUCGGCGUCGUUGGAGGGGAAAUCUGUGUCGGAUUGUCGUCAGACCAGCUCGACCGUCUCGCUCGGUCCAAACGUCCCCUGAAGGUGUCUCGACGGGAUCUGCCAUAUGCUGUCAGCAAAGGUCUCUCCGGGGGAACAACGGUCUCAGCCACAAUGAUUGCAGCACACAGAGCUGGGAUCCCUGUUUUCGUCACAGGAGGCAUCGGAGGAGUUCACAGAGAUGGACAGAACAGUCUGGACAUCAGUGCAGAUCUAACAGAGCUUGGCAGAACUCCCAUCGCUGUCGUCUCUGCCGGAGUCAAGUCCAUCCUGGACAUCGGCCGCACCCUGGAGUUCCUUGAGACACAAGGUGUGUGUGUUGCAACUUAUGGUGAAUCUAAAGAUUUCCCAGCGUUCUUCACUCCAAACAGUGGAUUCACCUCUGCGUGUAGUGUCCGCAAUCCUAGCGAGGCUGCAGAACUUAUUGCAAGCGCUUUGUCUCUGGGUCUUCAAAGUGGCCUCCUGAUAGCAGUCCCCAUCCCAGAGGAGCAUGCAGCCGCUGGCCAUCAGAUACAGGAAGCCGUGCAAACUGCAGUGACAGCAGUCAGUUCUGAAGGUAUCACAGGCAGAGACGUGACUCCGUUUAUUCUUCAAAAGGUCAACGAGUUGACUCAAGGAAAGUCCCUCCAGGCCAACAUUGCUCUCAUUCACAACAAUGCUAAAGUCGGCAGUCAGAUAGCCUGUGCAUUGUCAAAGCAGAUGAGUGAAAAACGAUCAAAAAGUCAAGCUCAGCAUCCUGGAAAACCCCCAAAUGACUCAGAAGUUGUUGUAAUAGGAGGAAUAAAUGUUGAUUUUAUUGCCAAAGGGAAAACAAAAACACUUCUUUUUGGACAGACAAACCCAGGAAGCGUCUGUCAGUCGUUUGGGGGCGUUGGACGGAACAUCGCUGACUCUCUGAGUAGAUUAGAAAAGACGCCGCUGUUCAUCUCCGCCACUGGAGCUGAUGCAAACAGUGAUGCCGUUUUUAACCACUGCAAACAUUUGAACACAAGUGGUGUGGCCAGGCUGGAAAAGCAGAACACAGCAACGUACUGCGCUGUUAUCAACGACAAUGGGGAACUGAGUCUUGGCUUGGGAGACAUGGACAUUCAUCAGCAAAUUACAGAACACUAUGUUUCACAGUUUGAAAAACAGAUUUCAUCUGCCACACUUGUGUGCCUUGAUGGAAACAUCCCCGUCUCCACCAUCAACUAUGUCUGUUCUCUUGCUGGAAAGCACAACUUAAACAUUUGGUAUGAACCAACAGAUGCAGAAAAGGCUUGUAAGCCUUUCUUCUCAGAUGCUUGGAAGUCUUUGUCCUAUUCGUCUCCAAACCUGGCAGAAUUGUGCAUGAUGAACAAAACUCUGGGUCUCCCAGUUCCUGAAGAGCUGCCUACCUCUCUUGAGGAGAUCCUGACGGUUGCCGUGGCUCUCUCACGCCCUCUUCUGGAGAAUCUUCACUGUCUGGUGGUGACUCUCGGGCCUGAUGGUGUGCUGCUGUGUGGCCAGCACGAAGCAGGCUCAGUUGACCUGCAGCCAAGGAAACCAAAAGGUAAGCGGCAGCUUUGUGCGCUACACUACCCAGCAUUGACCGUGACUCCAGAGGAGACAAUGAAUGUGUCAGGAGCAGGAGACAGUUUGGCAGGUGCUUUAAUGGCAGGGAUUCUUCAGAAAAAAGACACAGACAGCUGCGUUCGCAUGGGCCUCCUGGCGGCGAGGAUGUCCCUGUCAUCACCACAUCCCAUCUCACCAACACUCACCUUAGACUCUGUGGAUCCUGGCAAAGUCCAGGCGCCAAAAUGGCCCACGCCGGGCUUAGUUUGGCUCGAUUGAGAUUUCAAUUUAAGAGUUUUCCUUGUGUUUUUUUUUUUUUCAUGUCGCACAAUUAUUAUUUAAGGAACUGUUAUAAAGUUUGACCAGAGAACCUGUCUCUCACAGCUUUGUCAUCCAAAUGUGUCGGUUACCUUUUUAUUAUUCCAUAAUAAAAUACUUGAAGGUACUUUAACUGAAUUUUACUUUCUUAUUUUUAACUGUGUUACCUCACAAUUUCAAGUUUGGUUUCUAAUAAAAUUAACUUUUAGGGUAUUUGUAUACAUAUAAUGCACUUGUUUGGAAGGCAGGCCAGAAAAAAAUUACUUUUCCGACCUAACACCACAGUUAUGAACACAGUUUGCUAAACUCAUUUGGGACUUUAACAGGAGUAAUUGUGCUUUGCAGAAAAUAUGAGGAUUGAUUUUUUUCAGCAACAAACACUUCAGGCGUUUCUGAUGUUAAACAAAGGAGGAGACUGAAUUAAAAAAAAUAAAUAAAAAAUCAAACCCACUUUUAAGUAUAGCAAGGGUUAUAUGAUACUAAGGACCUCUUUCUGUUCCAAAACUUUGGAUUUUAUGUCAUCAAAUUACAGGAAAUUUUAACAAAACAAAUCUGGUUGUCUCUACAAAUGAAAGGAACAAAAACUGCCCUUGAAUAUGGUGGGUUUGUUUUUAGCAAGAUAGAGAUCCAAAGCAUAGAACCACUUCAGGACUGAGAAAUAGAGCCACCAGAGAUGACUCUGGACUCUGAAUAACCAAGACAGAUUGUACAGAGGAAUGGUCAAAGAUCCCUCUCUUUAGAACAAGACUAUUUUAUUAUGGCACUGACACCUUUCUAAGAAUAAGGUGUCAUGAUUAAGCUUAUUUUGAAUACAGAAUUAUAAAAACAAAGUCAUAUUUUGCUACAAGGUCGAAAG